UUCAGAUUCCUCUACCGUUGAUGAUUUUGCCACAUUAACUAGCCACUUGCUGCAUCAUCAUGGAGGAGAGUACCACCAUGGUAAUUGACUGUGAUGCAGGCAUAGAUGAUGGGUUGGCAAUCAUGAUGGCGUUGGCCAAUCCGAUGGUCAAACUUAUCGGCAUAACAUGCGUCAAUGGGAAUUCUCCUCUUGAAAAGGUUGUCAUUAAUAUCCUUCGGGUCCUUCGGAAGUGCGGACGACUUGAUGUUCCUGUAUACUCUGGUGCUACAAAAGACAUCCUUGGCACGGCUCAGGUGACCUCCACUCAUGGACAUGAUGGACUUGGAGAUAUCCCCAAUCCAGAGACUCCACCCCAUCGAGAUCUUAUCCAAUCAGAGCAUGCCAUAGAAGGACUAAUCCGCAUGGCUAAUGAGCAUCAAGGACAAAUCACCCUUGUUGCUAUUGGUCCUUUGACCAACGUAGCUCUCGCCAUGAAGUUAGACCCGCAGUUUACCUCUAAACUGAAGGAAAUGGUCAUUAUGGGUGGUAAUAUUUUAGCUACAGGAACACGUUUUCCAGCAUCAGAGUUUAAUUUCACGGUAGAUCCCACAGCAGCUCAUAUUGUCUUGACUGGAACUCAAUGCCCAACAACUCUUGUACCAUUAGAGACUUGUAUCUCUCAUAGCGUAUCAAAUUCUUGGUUCGAGAGUCUACAACAUUCUGAGAAGGCCAGAUUUGUGGCAGCCAUGUUCAGAGGUCGUUUGAAUGAAUCAAAGAUGGACAAGAAAUCUGAAUGCCUGGUUGCUGAUGGAUGUGCUAUGGUCGUUGCGACCUACAAAGCAGCUAUCAAGAAAGCCAUGUACACUCCUUGCAAGGUUGAACUGCAUGAAGGAAUGACUAAAGGGCAGAUGGUUACGACCAAGAUCUUACGACCGUGGGCCAAGUCAUUUCCAGGUCCUGAGAUCAACGUGGUGUUAGAGAUGGAUAUGGAGACAUACUACCAGAUGUUAAAUGAAGCAGUUCGAUGAGAGAGUGUCUUCCCACAUAGUUACUGGUAAAUUCUUUGAUCUCAUUAUGUGAUGAACAGGAUCCAGAUCCAUCUAAUUCAAGUAUACAAUUAGUAUUUCUUAGGAUACCUUGGUUGCUCUUGCUGAAAUGCUCCCCAGGGAGUGGAGAAUAAUGUUUGGCCAAGCUACAUGUAUAAUCUGAAUCAGAUUAUACAUGAUGAUCAGAAUAUUAUCAUAUACCUAAAAGAUGCUUAGUUUUUACACAUUCUGAUGUAUUUUAGCAUUUAGUCCCGUAUCAGCCACACAGAAACGUUAGUGCCAUACCAUGCAUUAAGAGGGGCUCUGCUAAAACCAGUAAUGUCAUAGAAAUUACUAAUAUCACAAUAAUGUGUAAUUUAUAUCUGGGAUCAAUGGCUGACAUCACAAUUCAAAAGAUAUGAAUUGGCUUAUGUUUUGAGCUCUGUUAAAGCUAGCAAUGUUUCUGAGCAGCCGGUACUGAUCAUGAUUUUGUAUAGUGGAAAAAAUCAUUUCAAAUUAAUUCAGAAGAUUUGUUUGUAAGGACAUGUGUAAAGGAGUAGAAUUUCUUUGAAGGAUCGAUCUAUGUUGAACAGUUACAUAUAUAUAUAUAGUAUGUCCCACAAAAAAGGAAACCUGUUUUCAGAGAUGGAUUUCACAAUUAUUAAAUGUUUUUACUUUAAAUUUGAUACGUAUGGUAAGAGUAAAAUUUCGAUUAACAAGAGACCAAAAGCUUAACAAAUUGUUCACGCAAAGCAGAUUACAAACAAAUAUUUAGGCAUUUCAGAAAUGAUUUGCACAGAAACUCACAUGUUAAUCUGACUCCACAGUCAUUUCAGUGAUCAGUGAGAGAAGCUUAAAGAAUGCAAAAAAAAUGCCAAUGAGCCAAUCGUUGAAUAUGCACGGUCGUCGUAUCAUGAACCAAUCUUGUCCAAUUUUUCGGUGCAACCUGAUUUUGACAUUAAAAUUUCAAACUGGUCUUACUCAUUAAUGCAGGAAGUGUUCAUCUCAUUUAAGUUAUCAGAAUAUAGAGGAAUAAUUGAAUUGUAUGGGGAUGUAAUUGAAGUAUCAUAAUUCAUUUGCCUUUGAAUAAAAUUGGUAUGGGAAUCUCGGUUUCCUUUUUUCUGGGACGCACUGUAUAUAAGUAAUAUGAUGUGGUGCUAAAAUGAAUUCUCAAUUGGUAAAAACAGGAAAAGAAGUAAUUAGUAAAAUGAUAUAGGUCUUAAAUACUUAACUAAUGUUCAUGUUUAGGAUGAUCACUUAGGAUUAUAUUGAGUAAAAUAACAGAGAGGGGAAAAAAUGAGAAAAAGGUUUAGAUAGAGAGAAAUCUACACCAAUGAUUUUAACCAACACACAACUAAACACAUACAGAUACCAUAACUUAAAUAUUUAAAAGGUGUUUGGUUUAUUUUAUAAACAACAGAGAAAAUUGAACAAUGGUUACAAAACGAUAUUACAGUCAAUAUAUUUUUUUUCUACUAGGCAUUGUAAACCAUAAUUAUAGUGUAUUUCAGUGUAGUGUAGUCAUUCAUACAGGUUUGUAAUUCAUUUAUGAAGGGAAAAUAUACAUGUAGUAAGCAACUUAAAGCAACAAUGAUAAACUCAUAUUAUACAGAAGUUUAGAAGUGGCCAGUCUAUUUGUCAAGGUUUUGAGAUAUUUUAUUUUAUAUGACACCUAGAUAGCUCUUGUCAUUUGAUUAGUUGUUUGAUAUCAAUCAUUCAGCCUAUUCGACAAUGACGUCAUCAUUCGUGCAAUUGUGGAUCCAUUCAUUGUGCAAUUUUCAAUUCAUAGGAUUUGUCCAUUGCAAGCUCGCUGAGACCAAAGGCAUUACACAUAAAAUGGCAACUAUCAUCAGAUGGUGCUUGUAUGGCAUGCACUUUUGCACCUAAUUCAUGAAUGCCAAAUGAGAAGGAUCUAAUUUAA